AUGCUUCCCGUCCCGGGGCGUUAUGCCUCCUCCUCGCACCUCGUUGCAUGCCUCGCACUCAAUCUCGCCCCUUAUCGUCGCGGGACCCCGGGGUUCACGGGGGUCGCGGGAGGCGAGCCAAGGCUUCUCCCGGCGAAAGCCGCCCGUGUCCCCGUCCUCGUCGCACCCGGCGGUAAGCACGCGCCACAGGUCCAGAACACGUCGACUGACAGUUCCGGCGCUAGUACCUCUAAUGCGGUAUGGGGCGCACGGAGGGCGGUGAGGCUGUGGCUGAGACGGCGUCUCUUUUUGCAGAAGAAGGCGAGUGACAAGGGGCUCAACUGCAUGGUGUAG